AUGGAAGAUCCGCAAGCGGCCUCCGCGCCAGCAUUCUCGUUCAAAAAGCGCAACCCAAAGUCCAAAUCGACGAUCCGCAAACGACCAGCCACACCACCCCCAGAUGCCUCCUCCCAUGUGGACUCCGACUCGGACUCGGGCUUUUCAUCCUUUGAAGACUCAGAUGGCCAGAGACAAGUAAAGCGACGGCGCAAGAACGCAGGUACUGUCGCCGCAUCGUCGGCUGAAAAUGUCAAACCCCGUCACCCAUCAACGGCCGAGCCAGCUCCAGCCGCCUCGGCAGCGGUAGUGGCGCGCACCAAUAAAGACGACGCAACAAAGACAUCGAACUGGUACGACGAGGAGGAUCAGGGGAUGACGGAGACCAAAGCGUCAGAAAAGGCCAAUGCCGCAAGCACAACGGAUGGAACGUACAAAGGCGUGGCGAACUACCAAUCGUUCAUCCAGAAAAGUUCCGACCGCGCACCCGCACCCGCAUCCAAACAGGUCGGGCCGGUCAAGUCGUCGACGAACGUGCGCACCAUCACCGUGACCGACUUCGCGCCCGAUGUGUGCAAGGAUUACAAGCAGACCGGGUUCUGCGGCUUCGGCGAUAAUUGCAAGUACCUGCACGCGCGGGAAGAUUACAAGCAAGGCUGGCAGCUCGAUCGGGACUGGGAGAUCAACACCAAGGGAAAGACCCCUGGUGCGAAGACGGUCGCAUCUGCCAAUCGCAACGGCCCAGCGGCGGCUGUGGCGGAGGACGACGAGGACGAAAAACUGCUUGAAAGAAUACCGUUUGCGUGCAUCAUUUGCAAGGAUUCUUACAAGAACCCUAUCGUCACGAAAUGUGGACAUUACUUCUGUGAGGCGUGCGCAUUGAAGCGGUAUCGGAAGGAUCCUUCAUGUGCGGCGUGCGGGGCCGGCACGGGGGGUGUGUUCAACGUGGCGAAGAAGUUGAAUCGGCUGUUGGACAAGAAGCGAGAGAGAGAAAGAUUGAAGAAAGAAAAGGCCAGUGAGGCAGGCGAGCACUCAUAG